AUGGCAUCAAUUCGCCGCGUCGCCGUCAUUCAAUGGAACAUCAAGGACCUCGCCAUCGACGAGAACCACCGAGAAGCAUGCGCCUACAUCCGUGAUGCCGCAUCCCAGGGUGCCGAACUUGCCGUUCUCCCAGAAUACCACUUAACCGGCUGGGCCCCCUCCGACCCAUCCUGGACUGCUCUCGCCUCUAAAACGACCCCCUACCUCGAAGCCUACCAGUCUCUUGCCCGCGAGCUCAGUAUCUGCAUUGUCCCCGGCACUAUCGUCGAACACCAUGGCCCCUCCCCGAACGAACAACAACAACCAGUCCUCUACAACACCGCCUACUUCAUCUCCAACGACGGGAGUAUCCUAGGCCACUACCGCAAGAAAAAUAUCUGGCACCCUGAACGUCCCUACCUUACCUCUUCCGGACAUGAUCCUCAUGAAGUGUUCGAUACGCCUAUCGGAAAGGUGGGGUUGCUUAUCUGCUGGGAUCUGGCGUUUCCGGAGGCGUUCCGGGAAUUGAUCUGUAAGGGGGCGGAGAUUGUGGUUAUACCUACUUAUUGGAGCAAAUACGACGCCUCUCCAGCUGCACUCCAACACAAUCCCAAUUCUGAAGCUCUCUUCCUUGAGACGACGCUCACGGCGCGAUGCUUCGAGAAUACCUGCGGAAUUAUCUUUGCCAAUGUGGCGAGGGGAAAGCAAGACGAAAGUGAUCGAUUCUUGGGUCUUUCGAGGAGGAAAAUUACCGUGUCAGGGAGGAUCUGGCAGGGGAAGGGUGGUAUUAUACGUAUCGGCAUCAGAGGUGAUUCAAACAGAGAUGAAACCAAGUUUAUCUCUCAAGAUACAGCGUCCUUUUUCCUUGCUUCCAUUCUUGCUCCUCCUGGCGAAGUCAUUUUUCUGGAGCUUUUCAUUAUCCCCCGUGACCCCUUCAUUGAUCUUCGCCUUGAGAGAAUAAUGCGCGGUGAUCAUCUCUCCUAG